CGCACGCACGCUCACGCACAUUCCACCAGUGACUCUGUUGUGAUCGCCUAGCUCGCAGAAACGGACGUGCUUGUGGAUUUAGCAGCUGGUGCCUCUGAUCCACGAUGAUAUGAAGAAGUGGUAAAGACAACUGGACUUAAUGUGAGACCAGUUAUACAGAGAUGUCAAUGCCUUCCAGUUAGCAACAACUCUGCAAUGAUGGAGAUGUAAAGGAGAGUCUCCUGCUCUCCUCUCAGGGAUAGUCUUCUGCAGCCCUUCUCUGGUCACAGGCCUGCCUGACAUCUCUCAUCCAUAUCAUUCCUCUUUCCACCAUCCAUCCUUCCCCCUGUCAUGAAAGGCCUGUCCAGUAGCCGGAGUCACCAUCAUGUGGUCUCCUAUGAACCAUCAUAUGAUCCCCUGGGUCACCAUGUUGACCGCAAGCCAUAUUUGAUCAGUCAGAAUGACAUGCCUGUACCCAUUCCCAUGCCACAUCCAGCUGAGCUGCCCUACUACAAUGCUCAGCGUACCUCGUACCCCUCUGACAGCAACAGCAUCGUCCCAUAUGGAACCUUCCCAAGGAGGUGCCACUCCACCUCCUCAUCUCACCAUCCUGAGGUAAAGGAUGAGUCUAUGGCCAUGGUACCAUAUGUAGGAGGAGGGGGAGGAGGAGGAGGAGGUGGAGGAGGCUUUGGAAGUAAAACGCCCACCCGGGUACCCGCAAAUUUUGUGGACCCGUUUGAGCGUCAGCCAUCGUUUUCCCGAGAUGGCUACCAUACACUGCAGUACAAACGGGGAAUGUUGGCCCACAGUGGGGGAAUGGGGGCCAACAACAACAACAAUGACAGCCCAGGGAGAAUUCGCCACCUGGUCCAUUCAGUUCAAAAACUCUUCACCAAGUCACAUUCAUUGGAGGGGCCACACCAUACACAGUCCUCCAAGGGGGCCAAUAAUGGGAGUGUUAAUGGUGGUGGUGGUGGUGGAGGAGGUGGUGGUGGUGGUUCUAGGGCCAGCCCAGAAGGUGAAACUCCACCAGUGGGAGUGCGCCACCGGAAGCGCAGCAAGAGCCGUGAGCGCUGUCGAUCAGCGGAGCCCAAGCAUCGAAGCCACCACCACCACCACCACCAGCUCCAUGGCUCAGCAUCUGCUCCAGGCUCCGGAUAUUGGAGCUCAGAUGACAACCUGGAACGGGAGCUGUGUCUCUACCACCCUCACCACCACCAACCUCCACCCUCUCCUUCACCCUCCAUUUCCCCCUCGCCUAUUGCCAUGACAAUGGGCCGGUACCCUGGCAAUAACCCUGACAGGUUCCCCCAGACUCCCUUACCCAGUCUCUCCUCCUCACAGUCACAGCAGUACUUCAUGAUGGACCCUUACGCCACACUCAAUGAGCACACACACACCCACGCACACCAUGGCCACACACACCACCAUUCUGCACUCAAAGCCUCCCGGAGCAACAACGAUGUGAAGUAUGCAGCAUCGUCGGCAUGUGUGCCAGUUAGUGGUAGCAGCAAUAACAGCGGUGGCGGUAUCGGUGGAGGAAGUGGCUCCUUGCUGCCACUGGGUCUUGUGGACGGGCCCCUUGUGAAGAAAGGGGCAUGGUCGUCGAGUCUAACGGUGAGCAGGGCCCGAAAGGUCUACACCAACAACAGCAGCUACAACCAGCUACGAGCCAACGCAGGAUCCGGUAACCUAAACCUAGAUAGAGCUCUAGUCAAAUCAAAGGGCAGUCAGCAGCAGGAGCGCUCUUGCCAUUUCUUACAGGUACCUCAAGAUGAGUGGAGUGGCUUCUCUCCACUGGGGAAGGAAGACGACAUUCCCUGUCGGAGGAUGAGGAGCGGCAGCUAUGUCAAAGCCAUGGCUGAGGACGACAGUGGAGACUCUGAUGGCAGUCCCAAACCCUCUCCCAAGAUCCAGGCACGCCGGGCCAGCUAUCUGAAAGCCACACAGCCAUCACUGACUGAGAUGACUACUCUACAGAUUUCGACGGAGCACUCGCCCAAAUUGCAGAUCAGGAGCCACAGUUACCUGCGUGCGGUGAGUGAGGUUUCAAUCAAUAGAAGCCUGGAUACCCUGGACCCCAAAACCCUCCUCGACCCCAAAUCGCUGCUGUCCUCACCCCAAUACCGCUCCCGAAAUGAAAGCUACAUGAGGGCCAUGAGCACCAUCAGUCAGCUGAGCGAGGUGGAAGUGAAUGGACAGAUUGAGCAAGUAUGUGAGCAGGUCUACAGUGAGAUGCAGUCCCAGGCCAUGGAGGCUGCCAUGGACAGCAUGGACACAAUAGACACCCUGCCUAUGCCAGGAUGCUUCCGGAUGCGAAGCCACAGCUAUGUGAGGGCAAUCGACCAGGGCUGUGCUGGAGAGGAGGAGGGAGAAGGAGGGAGACCGCUGCUCCUGCUACCAUCCUCCCCCCCACGCACAUCUGCCACCACUGUUAGAACCAUCCAGAGCAGCACAGUUUCAUCUUGCAUCACCACCUAUAAGAAAACUCCUCCACCAGUGCCACCCCGGACCUCCACCUGCUCCACAGCCUCCAAGCCCUACAUUUCCAUCACAGCACAGAGCAGCACAGAGUCUGCACAGGAUGCAUACAUGGAAGAGGAGGGACCCAGAGGUGAUAUGACCAUCCAGUCAGGGCUCAGUAACUCAACAGAAAGCAUUGACAGCAUGAAGGCCUUGACAGCUGCCAUAGAAGCUGCUAAUGCACAGGUCCACGGACCAGCCAGUCAACAUGUCAGUAACAGCACCAUGGCAGUGAACACCCCCAACCCCUCAGUCUUGAGCAGGAGGCCAGUUGUUGAAGACCACCAGGAUGAAUACAGGAAAGAAGCACUCAGGAAGGGCAAAUGUCUCUCCAUAGGCAUCCAGGUGGAUGGACCAGAGGAGAUUCCAGAUCUUGAGGACCCAUCCAAGUUCACUUCUGUAGGAGUGCAAGUGGAGGAUGACAGAGGGUAUCGUCGGUUCCAGCGCUCCAACAGUGUGACAGCAGCUGUACAGGCAGAUCUGGAUAUGCCAGACCUGUUGGACACCCCACUAGACUCCCCGGAAACUGACAUGGAAGUCCUGUCGUCUGGUGCCAUUUCUCGACAAUACUCUCGUGAUGCCGCCACCUCCACUGUCAGCAUCCAGGGCUCAGGGAACCACUACCACGCCUGUGCCUCUGAUGAUUAUGAGGAUGUGGGCUUUGACCCAUCCAUCCUUCCCCCACCAGACCCCUGGAUAGACAGCGUAACAGAUGACCCACUUGAUGUCAACUUCAACAGCUCUGCUAUUCUGGAGGUCGUGCAACGGUCAGUGUGUCAGAGAGAUGGACGCUGGUUUCUGAAGCUGCUGCAGGCAGAGACGGACCGCAUGGAGGGCUGGUGUCGACAGAUGGAGCUUGACCAGCAGGAGAAUGCCCUGCCUGAAGACAUCCUCGGAAAGAUGAGGAGUGCUAUAGGAAGUGCUCAGCUUCUGAUAUCCCAGAAGUUCCAACAGUUCAGGGAGCUGUGCGAGGAGAAUCUGAACCCCAAUGCCCACCCCCGUCCUGUGGCCUCAGACCUGGCUGGUUUCUGGGAUAUGCUUCAGCUGUCAAUUGAGAACAUAAGCCUCAAGUUUGAUGAGCUCCACCAGCUCAGAGCCAACAACUGGAGACCCUUGGAUCCUCCUGAAAGAAAGUGAAGGCGCUUGCAAACAGCCAUGCAUCAAUCAGCAUAACUUCAAUGCCAACAACACCACAAGGCCUUGACACCUCUGGGCCUCCAUGGAUCCAUCAUGUCUGUCUUUAAACCCAUCUCUCCAUGAUUCUUUCCUUCCUACUUUCUUACCUCCUUCCUUCCUUUCCUACAAUGCUUGCAGCUGCCUCAACAUGCGUGGCUUUUUGUUGUUUUGUGAGAUCUGGCUGCCAGUGUCUAAAUAGAGGAGAGAGUGUGAUUAAUGUUCCUUCUCCACAAAGACAUUUUACAGUAUGGAACACACUGUUUUAACAGCAGUUUCAGAGGACAUAAAUUAGAAAGACAUGCAUAAAGUCCAAAUAUGUAAAAACAGCAGCAAACAAAAAAAAAGCAAUAUUACAGUAUUACAAUGGAAGGCAUGUCUAACUCAUUCAUCCUUUACUGCAUUUCCAUGUGUGAGGGAUACCUUUGACUUUCCAUGUUAUGAAGGUCAGGAUGGUUAUCUCUGCACUGAGGAUGUAAUCCAGUUCAGCACAGCUGAUAUGCAGCAUACUCAAAAUGUAGGAUUUUUUAAUAAUCAGUAAACAGGCAAUAGAGUAAUGAAUACCGAAUUUCCCAGGGAGUGGGAUAGUUCAGUCAAAUUCAGCGAAUUCAGUCUCUGAGCGCUGAUGAGCAUAAAAUGGCAUAUGAAAGGUCCUUAAAGUGGCAUGCUAUUCAUAUGGCAUGAAAUCACAUUGCAGGACCAACAAUAAUUUAAUCAAAAGUGUCAUUAUGUAAAUAAAAUUGUUUUUUGACAUCUAGUUUUUCAGGUCCUGAAAAUGGACUUAGCUAUGAAUACACUUUAUGGACAAAAGUAUUGGGACAUGUGAAAAUUACACCAACAGGGACUUCCCAUUCUAAAUACACAGACAGUUUUGCAGCUAUAACAGCUUCCACAUAGGAAUGUUCAAGUGACUUUAACCAAAAACCUUCUGCAAUAAAUAAAUGUGGGAGUUCCAAUGAGCAUCAUAGGCACAUGCACACAUAUACAGACAACCCCACAAAUACAUGUCUGUCUUUUUCCUGAAAUGUUCUCCCCUACUCCCCUACCGUCCUCUCCCACCAGGAGAGGCGGCUCCCACCUCCAGUGCCAAAAAAGCCACCUAAGGGCCCUCACCACCACCCUCCUCUGGCCAGAGACCGCUCACUGGAGAGCUCAGAGAAACAGCGGCAGGAGGCCAGGAAGCGCCUGAUGGCUGCAAAG